AUGCCUCACAAGGUCAACCCGAUAGACUUCGAAAAUGCUGAGGGUAACUGUGGUGUGGCGAUCUCGAUGUUGCAUCAUUUCUCAACUAAGCUGCCUAUCUCCCGAAUGCAGAGGGAUCUGACAGACAGUACGGUACAGCGGGCAGUCGGGUCCGCUUUUGCCCAUACUAUUAUAGCCAUUGAUUCCACUAUCAAGGGCCUCAGCAAGGUCAUGGUGUCCGCUCCUAUUGCCAACCGUGAGCUCGAGGAUCAUUGGGCGGUGACUGGGGAAGCCGUGCAAACCGUCAUGAGACGAUACGGGCUGGAGAGACCUUACGAACGUCUGAAGGAGUUCACUCGUGGUCGUGAAAUUGAUGCCACUUCUAUGAAGGAGUUCACAGAGAAUAUCGGUCGUGAGAUUGGAGAAGACAAGCCCGGCGUGAAGGGUCUUGAGAACCUCACCCCUCAGACAUAUAUCGGGUUGGCCCCUGUCAUUGCUCGUAAAUACGGCACACCAGUGGCAGAGAAGAAAAAUGACUAG